GUAAUGAUUUUUAGAUAGAUAUGAUUUUUUAAAAUUCUUUACCGUUUGUAUUACUUUUAGGUUUUAGAUUAGUUUUUAUUUUUAUUCAUUUGAUUUAGGCAAAGGAUUGUCUUGAAAUUAUGCCAGAGUGCGUGCCAUGUCCUGCGGCAGACCCGUGCGCGCCGACCGCCGGCAUUAAGUCGGGUCCGCGCGACGGCAAGCCCAUCGACGGAAAGCAGGACAACCCCUGCGCCUGCCGCUCCUGCUGUUGCGGCAAGAAUCCUAUACUAAACCCAUGCUAUAAACAACCGAAGAUCCCGGAUUCGUACGCGCCGCGGCGCUGCUACCUGAAGCCAACCGCGCCAGUGGAGACAUGCACUACAUACAAACUGUCGUACUUGCCGACUGAUGGCUGCGCCAAUCUGCGCGGUGUUGCGCGCAAGCAGCCGCCCAAUAUCGUGCCCAGUUGCGAGCCUAUGGAGUCAUGCACUGUACAGAAGCUCUCGUUCUUACCGAACCCGGUAUGCGUAACGCAGCCUAUCAGGCCAUGCCACCACGACAUGUGGGGGCAGGGGCCCAUGCAGAAUGUAACCACACAGCGACACGACUUCGUGCCCAAGCCUUGCGUACUACGCGAGAGCUGCAAGCCGCCACACAAGUAUCAUAGUGUGGAACAACCAUUUGAAAACAAGACAGUGAACAAGCUGUCAUAUUUGCCGCCGGAGCGUAUGGAGAUUACGAAGUCGUUCGCACCGGAGCGUUGCUACGAGCGCCCUGCAGCCAAGAUGGAGGGAAAUACCACACAUAAAAUGAGCUACUUGCCCAAUAAGGUACUCCCCAAGGAGCCUUUACCUUGGGCUUGCAAGGGUCAAUACCAGAAACCUUGUCAAAGAAUAGACGGCAACACCACUUAUGGACUUAGUUUUUUGGAUGCGAAGAGCGACUGUCGCCGGCGCGCCAUCUUGCCAAACUCCUGUGUCAAUCCUGUCACGCCCUCUAAGAGAUUUGAGUCCGGCACUAUUUAUAAUAACAGUUACUUGCCCGUGGAAGCCGAAAGACCGCCGAUGGUGAAACCGAAUCCCAACAUAGUGCCGUCUACUGCUAUGAUGGAUGGAGAUACCGUACACAAGCUCUCGUUUCUGCCGAACCCUGUGUGCGUCACACAACCGAUCCGACCUUGCCACCACGACAUGUGGGGACAGGGGCCUAUGCAGAAUCUCACAACUGCACGCCACGACUUUGUACCUAAGCCCUGCUCAAUCAGAGAAUCCUUCAAGCCUCCAGCGAAGUUCCAUUGCGUUGAGCAACCGUUUGAAAACCGCACAGUGAACCGGCUGUCGUACCUGGACCCUGGCCGGCAGGAAGUGACGGAGUCCUAUGCACCUAUCAAGUGCUACGAAAGACCAUCGGCCAAAAUGGAGUCGUCAACGGUACACAAGAUGUCGUACCAGCCAGUGUGCGCGCCGGCGCCGCAGCGCCCGCCCUGGGCCUGCAAGGGACAGUACCAGAAGCCAUGCCAGCGGUUGGAGAGCACGACAGUGUACAAGUCAUCGUUCCUGCCGCCGGGCGAGGAUUGCUCCGAGUAUAUGGACCCCUGCGCGUACGGGGAUUGUAAACCUUGUGAAUGUAUGUGUCCUGCGGAGUGCAUUGCGACAGAUCCUUGUGCGUGUACAUUCCCUAAAGCGGAGUGUUGCACGUGAGGCCGCCAUCUUGUGCGACAUGUCAAAAUUCAAGUGCUUUGCCGCCAAAACAAGAUGGUGCUUAAAAAAGGUUAAUUUAAUAGUGAAUCUCCACUGUCGUAACAUUUGUAUUACGAUAAUAUUGACGUCUCUAUUUUCUGUGUAAAGAAUGAGAUAGCAAUAGUAUUUGUGUACAAGUGUCACGAAAUUUGAAAUUCACAGGUAACAGGUAACUAUUUUUUACUAUUUGACUGUAUUUAAGUAAUU